CCGAGCGACCAUUUGGCAAGAAAAGUCAAAAACGAAAUCGAAUGUGUUGGCUUACUUCUAGUUUUAAUUUAUACUAAUUCUGUAAUUAAUUAUCACAUAUAAUGCUGUCCAAUUGUAAAUACUCGCGCUAAUUAGUCAAAUUUAUUAGCUAAGUGUAAUAAAGCGGAAGGAGUUGCUUAGUGUUCUUUGUUAGGCAAAAAUUGUUAUAUCAUUAUGAGAAUAGCUUUGUUUAGGGGAUUUGUAGAAGUUUAUUAGUUGUUUUACUGAUGGAUAUUGUCAGUAUGGAGGUGCGGGAAGCAGGAGAUGGCGCGGCGUCCGCCGAAUACGUGCGCCCGCCCUCAAAAAGGUAUACUUGGGCAGAAGUGAGACAAGCAGUUCAUGAUUUGAGAAAGGAGUUAUCGUCGUUGGCUACGAUGGUACCAAUGGCAAUUUCGUUCAGAAAACUUGGAAAUGGAAAGACGAGGAUCUACUUCUUGAGAACUCCUCAGAAUGGAUGGGAAAUUACAUUGUUGUACACUGAUAUAACACAUACAGCGCAGGCCACUAAUGCCAGACUAGAAUGGAAGCCGCUCAUCGAGUCAAACGUAGCGCUCGGCGUCACAUCAGGCAAAUGGUCGCGCGAAGAACAACUUUUACUGGAAAGGCAGAGAGUGGCCGCUUGGGGAAUCGCAUCAUACGAACUACAUGCAGCCACCGGACGGGUCUUAUUCCCGUGCGCUUCGUCGCUGUUCGUAGCCGAAGAAGGACCUAAUCAGUCGCCUCCCCUAGUCCCUCGCUCGCUCAGCACAGGCGGGGGCUGCGCCCUUACGCCCGCCAUGUGCCCGCGGGCGCCGGCGCUGGUGGCUCACGCGGCGCGCGGCGACGUAUGGCUGGCGGGAGCGGUGGCGCGGCCUGCGAGGCUCACGUACGCUGCUAAAGGACACCAUCCUGACAGGUUAGCAGACGACCCCAGGCAGGCGGGCGUACCGUGCUACGUCACGCAGGAAGAGUUCUCGCGGUAUACCGGCUUCUGGUGGCAGCCGAAGUCUGACGAUGACGUGUUCAGAAUAGUGUACGAGGAAGUCGACGAGAGCGACGUGAAGAUAUUCAGCUUCCCUUCUUCGCAGAAUAGCAGCGGGGAGGUCGAGGAGUUCAGGUUUCCCCGCGCUGGUACUCCAAACGCCAAAUCUGUGCUGAAGAUGGUGACCUUCCGUCUCCAGAAAGCCUCGCCCACAACCGUUCUGGAUUACUACCAUGAAGGCUCGGCUGAUGCGCCAGUACUGGACAGUGACUCCACAGAAGUGACGGAUAUCCGAUGGUACGAACUGCGAACACCCUUGAAGGAAGCGUUCCCGUGGUUUGAGUACUUAGCCAGAGUGGGGUGGACGCCUUGUGGGAAAUUCGUCUGGGUGCAACUCCUGGAUCGCAAGCAGCAGCGUUUAGAGUUGGCCCUCAUCCCGGUGGAACAGUUCAGCACACCAGUCACUUACGAGAACGCACCGCCGCACCUACGGAACCCCUCGCCGGUCGCUAAGGAACCCUUGGAUCAGGUGGAACAGUUCAGUACACCAGUCACUUACGAGAAUGCACCGCCGCACCUACGGAACCCCUCGCCGGUGGCUAAGGAACCCUUGGAUCAGAAGCCGCAAGACAUCCAAGUGCUAAUAUCGGAAUCAGCGCCAGAAGCGUGGAUCAACGUCCACGAUAUCCUACACUUCCUGCCCAGCGCGCCAGGAGAGGCCAGCUUCGUCUGGGCCUCGGAGGAGACGGGCCACCUGCACCUGUAUCUGGUCACGUGCGCCAUAAACCGGCGCGAGCCAGCUUGUGAGUAUACCAUUCUACUUGUCUCUCCUGUCCUCUCCUCUCUCCUGUCCUCUCCUCUCUCCUGCCAGCGCGCCAGGCGAGGCCAGCUUCGUCUGGGCCUCGGAGGAGACGGGCCACCUGCACCUGUAUCUGGUCACGUGCGCCAUAAACCGGCGCGAGCCAGCUUGUGAGUAUACUUCUACUUGUCUCUCCUGUCCUCUCCUCUCUCCUGUCCUCUCCUCUCUCCUGCCAGCGCGCCAGGCGAGGCCAGCUUCGUCUGGGCCUCGGAGGAGACGGGCCACCUGCACCUGUAUCUGGUCACGUGCGCCAUAAACCGGCGCGAGCCAGCUUCUGUGCUGGACAUGAUAACGGACGAAGGCCCAGCGCUGGGUCCGCACACAUUGAGCCGGGAGCCGAUCACAGCUGGAGACUGGGAGAUCAUGGGCAGGAAGAUCUGGGUAGACGAAGCCCGCCAGCUGGUAUACUUCCUAGGGCUCCGCGAGACGCCGCUGGAGCGCCACCUGUACGCGGCGCCGUACAACCCGCCGCGACCGCACGCGCCCACGCUGCUGACCACUGUCGGCCACUCGUGCGCGGUGGAUAUUGACGAGGUGAGACCUUGUUGUGUAGACAGUAAUGUGGGGCAGCUAGUACACUUCCUAGGGCUCCGCGAGACGCCGCUGGAGCGCCACCUGUACGCGGCGCCGUACAACCCGCCGCGACCGCACGCGCCCACGCUGCUGACCACUGUCGGCCACUCGUGCGCGGUGGAUAUUGACGAGCUAGUACACUUCCUAGGGCUCCGCGAGACGCCGCUGGAGCGCCACCUGUACGCGGCGCCGUACAACCCGCCGCGACCGCACGCGCCCACGCUGCUGACCACUGUCGGCCACUCGUGCGCGGUGGACAUUGACGAGGUGAGACCUUGUUGUGUAGACAGUAAUGUGGGGCAGCUAGUACACUUCCUAGGGCUCCGCGAGACGCCGCUGGAGCGCCACCUGUACGCGGCGCCGUACAACCCGCCGCGACCGCACGCGCCCACGCUGCUGACCACUGUCGGCCACUCGUGCGCGGUGGACAUUGACGAGGUGAGACCUUGUUGUGUAGACAGUAAUGUGGGGCAGCUAGUACACUUCCUAGGGCUCCGCGAGACGCCGCUGGAGCGCCACCUGUACGCGGCGCCGUACAACCCGCCGCGACCGCACGCGCCCACGCUGCUGACCACUGUCGGCCACUCGUGCGCGGUGGACAUUGACGAGCUAGUACACUUCCUAGGGCUCCGCGAGACGCCGCUGGAGCGCCACCUGUACGCGGCGCCGUACAACCCGCCGCGACCGCACGCGCCCACGCUGCUGACCACUGUCGGCCACUCGUGCGCGGUGGACAUUGACGAGGUGAGACCUUGUUGUGUAGACAGUAAUGUGGGGCAGCUAGUACACUUCCUAGGGCUCCGCGAGACGCCGCUGGAGCGCCACCUGUACGCGGCGCCGUACAACCCGCCGCGACCGCACGCGCCCACGCUGCUGACCACUGUCGGCCACUCGUGCGCGGUGGACAUUGACGAGGUGAGACCUUGUUGUGUAGACAGUAAUGUGGGGCAGCUAGUACACUUCCUAGGGCUCCGCGAGACGCCGCUGGAGCGCCACCUGUACGCGGCGCCGUACAACCCGCCGCGACCGCACGCGCCCACGCUGCUGACCACUGUCGGCCACUCGUGCGCGGUGGAUAUUGACGAGAGAGAGAGAGAGCCAUCUUUACACUCGUGCGCGGUGGACAUUGACGAGGUGAGACCUUGUUGUGUAGACAGUAAUGUGGGGCAGCUAGUACACUUCCUAGGGCUCCGCGAGACGCCGCUGGAGCGCCACCUGUACGCGGCGCCGUACAACCCGCCGCGACCGCACGCGCCCACGCUGCUGACCACUGUCGGCCACUCGUGCGCGGUGGACAUUGACGAGGUGAGACCUUGUUGUGUAGACAGUAAUGUGGGGCAGCUAGUACACUUCCUAGGGCUCCGCGAGACGCCGCUGGAGCGCCACCUGUACGCGGCGCCGUACAACCCGCCGCGACCGCACGCGCCCACGCUGCUGACCACUGUCGGCCACUCGUGCGCGGUGGACAUUGACGAGCUAGUACACUUCCUAGGGCUCCGCGAGACGCCGCUGGAGCGCCACCUGUACGCGGCGCCGUACAACCCGCCGCGACCGCACGCGCCCACGCUGCUGACCACUGUCGGCCACUCGUGCGCGGUGGAUAUUGACGAGCGUCUCUCGUGCGGCGCGCCCGCCUACUGCUCGCUGUGGCGCUGCGCCCGCCCGGGGCGGAGCCCUACCGUGCUGCACGUGUACGGCGGGCCCGAGGUGCAGACCGUCACCAACAGCUACAAGGGCAUCCGCCAACUCCGCAUGCAUAUGUUAGCAGCGCGCGGGUUCAACGUAGUUGCGGUCGAUUCGAGGGGCUCGAAGCACCGCGGGCGCGCGUGGGAGGCUGCUAUCAAGGGCAAGAUGGGGCAGGUGGAGCUUGACGACCAGGUUGAAGUAUUGCAAUGGCUGGCCAAAGAGACCGGCUGCAUCGAUAUGGAAAGGAUCGCGAUACACGGCUGGAGUUACGGUGGUUAUCUCUCGCUCCUCGGCCUAGCAACGCGUCCGAACAUAUUCAAAGUGUGCGUGGCGGGCGCGCCUGUCACCAGCUGGCGGCUCUACGACACCGCCUACACCGAGCGCUAUAUGGGCCUGCCGUGCGCGGCGCCGCAUGCCUACACGCGGGCCAGCGUGCUGGCUCACGCUCCAUUCUUCCCUGACCAGGAAGGCCGCCUGCUGAUCAUCCACGGGCUGGCGGACGAGAAUGUUCACUUCUGUCACACCGCGGCUCUGCUCGCGGAGCUGGUGCGCCUCGGGAAGCCGCAUCGUGUUCAGAUCUACCCGGGCGAGCGGCACUCGCUGCGCGCCGUGCACGCCGCCAAGCACUACGAGGCGGCGCUGCUGCACUUCCUGCACGAGCACUUGUGAACAAUACACCAAGCAAGCUA